CUAAUAAAGCGGUUAGGGGUUGAUGAGUGUAUUUCUCUGCACUAAUGUGAAAUUAUUUCAGCAUUGGUAAUCAAAGUACAAAAGUUAAUAUAGUUCAUUAGGUUGCAUAUUAAAUUAUGUGACGCUGAUACUAACAAGUCUGUGUAGGUUUCCGCCCACCUCCAACAACAUGCAAGUAGGUGUCCCAUCCAAGGUGUAUUACUUAUUACACACUCAGUGUUCCCAGGAUAGGCUCUGGAUCCCUUGACCAGGAUGAACAGACUCUAUGGUGUGUUCCUCAGUUGUGCUCCACAGGAUGGUGCUGUUGAGUUGAGACUAAAUUCAUGUUGAAGUCAUGUCAAAAAACCCCACAACACACAGGACAUGAGGCGGCAAACGUACAGGGUGGGAGAAGCUGAAGUAGAAAAAGGGGAAGUGAGGUAACGAAACAGCGAUGCAAACGGAUGAGACAAGAGCAAAUAUUGUGCAGGUCAGCACCACCAGGCACCGGUUCUUCAUGGCGUGCUGCGUCUCCCAGAUCUUCUGUAUUCUUAUCAUCCACCUGUGGCUCUCACCCCUAAUCACCAGUAAUACAACCGAAAAUGAUCCGGACUGUUUCCCAUCUAUCAUGGUGCCGCGGAACACAGCGUGGAAAGUUCGUGCAAUGACUUCCCUGAAGAUCAACUGCACGGUCGUCACUGAAUCACACUGUUGGAAGAAUGUUGAUGUCUCAUGGUGCAGAAUUGAACAUAAGAGUGAAUGCAGAUCUCUGAAACACUCUGAUCACAUCACAACCGAACAGAGAAAUAUUAAUGAGAGUAAAGGAAUGUGGUUCCUGAUAUUCCAAAACAUAUCCAUGCAGGACGAUGGACUUUACAGAUGUGAGAUCAAAUCACCUACACCUACUGUCAGCCAUGCUAUCAAUGUCACUGUGACAGAUGAUGUUCCAGAUUGUACCACUGACUACAAAGUUGUAACCCAAGAAAACAAUACAACAAACAGUUCAAAUCCGAAUGGUGAAAAUAAAGAAUGGCUGCAGUCCUACGUGUACAUCUGCAGUGGGAUUGGAGUGCUGCUCCUCAUAGUAGUUGUUGUAUGUGUAACUGUCAUCCGGUGUCGAGGACAGAAAAAAUUCAUUAAAGAAAAAAUACAUGAGAAUCAGUCCACAGCAACCCCAGUGUCUGAUCUUGCUCCACCCGUAUAUCCCAGACAGUCUCCAUGUAGCAAUGCCCAAACUCUUCCUGCCCAAGUCAGCACACCACCAUCCUGUGUCUAUGACGUCCCUCCUGUCAGAGUGACAUCUCUAAGAGACCGAUCAUCAGCAGGAAGACAUCCGGUCAGUCGCGGAUCACCGAGACAAUGCCAUGACCGUAACACCGUGGAAAUGGAGGAAGAAGACAAUCCGUUGAUAUACGCCACUCUAAAUCAUGAGAGUGCUCCACAGAGACCUGUUAGAGUUGUUCAUGUACAGAUUGAGGCGUCGGAAUAUGCUGCCAUUAAAGUCACGUAACUCUAAUUCCUAAUGCUACAGAGAACUGAACAGAGGUCAGUUUUGGGUUUAAUUCCCUAACUGUUAAAGACUAUCUGGGCUCAGAACUUUACUUAAGUGAUUUGCUAUAGGACUAUUGGUAGCAUAGGCCUAUUCACACGUUGGAUAUAUUGCUUGUGACAAUAUGCUCAGUGUGGAAUGAGGGCUAAGUUGUCAGUGAUGACUAAGAUUAAACCAGCUGUGACUGUGAUCCAUACCAACUGGGACCGGGAUCCAUACCAACUAAGACCAUGAUCCAUACCAAACGGGAAUGUGAUCCACACUAACCAAGAACAAACCAAGACUUAGGCCCAUAUCAGCCAAGACCAUUAAAAGACCAAGAUCCAUACCAACCAAGGCAACACCAAGGCCCAUACCAACCGAGCAUUUGAAAAGACCCAAGCCCGAACCAACCAAGAUCAAGACAAGUUUAACAUGCAUACCAACUGAGAUCAAGACAAGACCAAGUUCCACACCAAUCAAGACCAAGACAAGACCCAGGCCCAUACUGACCAACACCCAUACCAACCAGAACCCAAGGCAAAACCAGCACAUAAUGAUCACCCCUCAGUUUUGAGACUUAUUGUCAAGACCAAUAUCAGCUUACAGUGACCUCAAGAGCAGUCUUCAUCUUGAGACCAGUGUUGUAAUUGGACCGGUUGUCAUCGGGCACAUAGAAAAGUGAACCAAAAACAUGGAUUUCCAAAUAUACUGAAAUUAAAUCUCGCUGUUCCAGAAAUACACCUAAAUACUGUGUGAAAUGAAUGCGCUUGGUGGGAUUAUCUCUGACAGAUUUGGCAACACGAGAACCAAAACCGUUUGUAAUAAAGACAAAGCACCCAUUCCAAGCCUACUGCAGCUUUCAGUUUCCCAAAAUGUUCACUGUUUAAGUUUAAUUAAUAUUUAUUAGUGACCUUCACAUGCUUUGAUACAUGAGUAUAUCGUUACAGGCUUAUCUAUAUAAUAGAUCACAUGUAGUAAAGACAGUGUCGUAAAAAACAAAGCUGUAGUAUGCAAGUAUAGGGAAUUGUCUUUACUAAUAUUGAUUUUAUGUUUUUUUCCCCCCUUAAUACAGCCAACUCCAUGGGGCAUGAAUCUUAUAACAUUCAUGCACUUUUGGAUUGUUCUGAGAAAAUGUAUUUUGUGAUUUUUGGGGGCUUUUCCAUCCGUCCAUCCUUCCAUCUUAUCCUACAGGGUCAUGGGGAACCUGGAGCUUAUCCCAGGGAGCAUGGGGUACACCCUGGACAGGGUGCCAAUCCAUUUGAGUACAAUCAUAUACACAUUCACACACCCAUUCAAACACUAUGGACAAUUUGGACAUGUCAAUCAUGCAGCCUACCAUGCAUGUCUUUGGACUGGUGGAGGAAACCCCCAGAGCACAGGAAGGACAUGUAAACUCCGCAUACACAGAGCCGUGGCGGGAAUCGAACCCCCGACCCUGGAGGCGUGAGACAAACGUACAAACCACUAAGCCACCCUCUGCCUUUUGGGGGGGCUUUUUUUUUUAAUGUGAAAUGGGACUGUCCAGUAUCAAGAUUACUGCAAUGUUCUUCCUUCCUAGAAUCUUUACAGUGCACUAGGUAUUAACUUCAAAGUAGUAUACGCCCUAACAGUGAUGUUUGUUUGUUUUUUUUUUCUCGGAAUGGUACAUGUAGAAAAUUGAUGAGGUUUUUGGUCCACUUUCCCCACAUCACCUGACUGACUGCUUGCCCUUCACAAGCAAUAUAUCCACAAUGUAAAAAAUAAACCUGCACUCCUGUUGACAAUAUCUGUGGUUGUGCACACUGUGCGUGACUGCGUGAUGGACAGCAGGAAGAUCUGUGCCUGCAUUCAUCAUCCAUUUCUGUGAAAAGUUCCCAAUCAGUUGCAUUCGCUUAAUCCGAUACUGAAUACUGACUCUCAAUCAGCACCCUUCACUCCGGGGGAUAUGCUUGAAUAGAUAAUGUGAUAUAAAAUUUGUAAUUUUACUUGAAAGAAACUGAUUUAGAGAGUGCAUGGAGGAGUGGUGUUGUGCAAAGAACAAUUGCGGGGAGCCCACAAGCACUACAACAAAUGAUCACACUUCCUGUUUGAGAAAGUGAUGGAAUGGAACAAAGUGAGGUGUAGAGGGGUCCGACCUCAACCUGUUCCUUUAGUUACACAACAUACCUUUUAUCUAACUGUGUGUAUGUGUGUGUGUGUGUGUGUGUGUGCAUGCAAGGUAUUGCAUACUGUACAGCUGAGUGCAAAAAUGUUCAUACCCUUAGUACAACGCGAAUCUGAUGUUUAUUUAAACCGACAAGACUGUGUACGUUAGUGAGACAUGCCUUUAAUGUUUCUGAAUGUGAUGUAAAUAUUGUCUAAUGUUGUCUCACA